AUGCACACGCGAGCCCGCAGCAAAACUAUGACCUCUAUCGACGAAAAGGCACUAUCUACUGAUUCGUCUAUAAGCGACCAGUACCCUGGAUUCCCUAAAACUACCUCUCCUAGAGCUGAAGGCGACUCUGGAUUUUACGAUAAACUGGAGCCUACUAUUCCCCCUACACACAAACAUCGAACUGUCAUUCUGUGCUUCGAUGGAACAGGCGACCAGUUUGACGAUGACAACUCGAACAUCGUAAACUUCUUCUCGAUGUUGCGGAAAGACGAACCAGAGCAGCAGAUGGUGUAUUAUCAAGCUGGUAUCGGCACAUAUACAAUCCCUCAAAUUGCAAAACCUAUGAUGGCCAAAUUGCACAAGCUCAUGGACACCAUGGUCGGCGUUCAUCUCGAUGCUCAUGUUAUGGGAGGCUACGAAUUCCUCAUGCAAAAUUACAAGGCUGGGGAUAAGAUAUUCCUGUUCGGUUUUUCCAGAGGUGCCUAUACGGCCAGAGCGCUUGCCGGAAUGCUCCAUAAGGUCGGGUUACUUCCCAGAGACAACCACCAGCAAGUCCCAUUCGCAUACAAGAUGUAUUCUCGUGAAGACCAAAGAGGGUGGGAACAAAGUGCUGCCUUCAAGAAGGCCUUUUCCAUUGAUGUUGAUAUCGAGCUAAUCGGCGUCUGGGAUACUGUUGGGUCUGUCGGUAUCAUUCCAAAACGCUUACCUUUCACGACAUUCAAUACGCACGUCAAAAACUUCCGACAAGCUUUGGCUCUUGAUGAGCAUCGUGUGCGAUUCAAACCAAAUUUUUUUAAUCGUCCUACGCAUGAGGAAAUGGAGCUGGGGCUGAAAUGGAACGAAGUGCAUCCAUCGGUAAGAAAGUCAAAGCGAAAGCAUACCUUACGCGAACUAGAACGACAAUACACACAUGGACAACAUCGUACCAAUGUGGAGGAGGUGUGGUUUGCUGGGUGUCAUUGCGAUGUUGGAGGAGGCGCUGUCAAGAAUGAGGUUCGCAAUAAUCUAGCACGCAUCUCGCUGCGCUGGAUGAUUCGAGAGUGCUUCAAAUUGCGCACUGGCAUUAUGUUUCACCGUGACUCUUUCAAGAUAGCGGGCAUUGACCCAUGCACCCUAUGGCCUCAUGUAAAAGAUCGACCGGAUCCAGUGACAGAAUUUUCAGGUGCACCCCCGCAGAAAACAAGAGAUCUCAGAAUUCUAAGUCUCAACGGUGCAUCAGCAACUGUCGACGACUUUGUCAACGAGGAAGAGGAAGAUCUGGCGGACGCACUAAGCGAUAAGAACGAUAUGCUUAAGAUUUCUAAGUCCUGGUGGAUUCUGGAGCUUAUACCGCAGAAAAUCAAAUUCCAAAAGGAUGAUGACUCUUGGGCUACAAGACUAUCGAUCAAUCGCGGACGCGGACGGGUGAUCCCUAAGCAGCGAUUAGAGGGAGUGAAGAUACACCGCACAGUUAAGAUGCGUAUGGAUCUCAAGGAGGAAGACGGGAAGCCUUAUAUCCCUAUGGCCAGAUGGCUUCCAUCGGUUGAGCCAGAAUGGAUUGAUUAA